AUGGCCCAGUUGGACGGGAGAUUCGCCGAGACGGGCAUAGAUGAGGUGGAGAAGUCACUCUCACAUGAGAAAAGGAGGGAUCAUGGAGCUGGAUACAUUGGGAUGAAAGGACAUGACGGCGUCCUUCGAAUCCUUGAGCGCUUGGCUGUUUAG